AUGUUCCGGCCUAUUCCAACGCCGUUUACCUCCUUCCAGACGUCCUAUGGAGUAGCGAACGCGAACAUCCCAGACUACACGUUCGCACCCACUCCGCUGGGCCAGGGCGGUAGCGGCGGGGGAGCCAACGCUGGCGGCUUGGGUCCGGAUACCUCUGCCAACGUCUACGCCUCGCCAAUCUUCCAAAGCCUUCUGGACAACGGCUCGUCUCACCUCCCACCCGCCCACCACAACACCCUCCAACCUCAAUCAAGUCACGAACAUUACGGGCGCUCGCCCCGAGGCCCGAGCCACAACAUCAAGAUGGAGCAGCCGAGUGACCUAGCGCAGCAGGAAGCUGCUGCCAGGGAGUACAAACCCGAGCUCGAGGCGGGUGCAUUCCUUCAGCAAGUGUUCAAUGAGCUUACGUCCAAGCAGGGCCCCAUAGUCGGCGAGAAGAAGCCAAGCCAUGCAAUCACGGAGGAGUAUGCGAAAGCAGACCCCAUAUAUGUUGCUAAAACCAUGGUAAGCCCACGACAAAGACACGAGCGUAGCCCGAUCCGGGGCGAGCUUCAGCAGCCUUUGGAGCUCGGUUCCGGCUUUGCUGAAGAACGUCCCCUGACGUUUGCUUUACCGCCUCCCUCUUGCUGGAUGGCUUACCCCAGUGGCUCGGCCAGAGAAACUGACCCCGGUCCCAGGCAUUACCCCAGACUUAUUCCCAUUAUCGUCCGAUCCAAGGGGAUGGCAACUGUGGCUGGCGAGGCCGAGUUGGCCAGGCUGACAGGACUGAAUGAAUAUCUGGAGAACGUGGGCGGCUAUAGUCCUUACGUUUUCGAGGACAUGGUCGAUGUGACCAUUGAGUUGAUGACGGAGAUCAUACAGGCCGUCAAGGCUGGUCAGGAUGCCAUGCCGCUGCUGAUGGCCAAAUUCAACGACGAAGAGACGUCCGCGCCUAUAGUCUAUCACCUGCGGCUGCUCGCUGCGUCUUAUCUGAAAGGCAAUCUGGACCAGUACGAGGCUUACAUACCCGGAGAUGCGGACAGCUACUGCAAUGAAUGGAUACUGCCAGUCAAUCGGGAGAUAGACCAGGUCGAGGUGAUGCUCCUGUUCAAUAUCCUCUUGAAGCCGGCGGACAUCGUCUUGGAGAUUGCGUAUCUGGACCGGAGUGAAGGGGACGAAGUCAAUCUGCACCGCAUGCCCGAGGAGGCCAAAAACAAGGAUCCGAAGAUGCUGGGUUCCAUCAUCCACCUGCUAUACCGCCCUGGUCAUUACGAUCUAUUGUAUCGCGAGGACGCCUCUACUGCACCGUCAGCAGCCCCCGAGCCACCAGCAGCACCUACAUCGCUGCAAGUGAAUCGAGUGUCGUCAUUCAGCCAUCAACAUGAGAUUCAGAGCGUAGCUCCCUCGCUGGGAGCCUUCUCCAGUCUCAGUAUGGGCACGCUAGGCAUGAUACCUGGAUUCGAGCCGGCCGGGUUCGCACCUCUAGGUUCACCUCCAGCUGUGGCAUCUCCUGUGGGUUCUGGCUACAGCCCGUCAUCGCAGUCGACGUGGGUGCCGCAGUCCUACUCCGAGACCUUGCCAUCAGCACCGUCUCCGAUGUCGUCUCAAACGUCCCAGCCGUCCCCACCACCGCAGCAGUCACAGGAUGCUAUAACGUCACUGACAUCACUUCGCUUCAGCAAGCACAUGUUUCCGGUUCCUGGGGCUGUUGAUGCCAGUGCAUUCUCUCCGGAGCCAACAUUCACCACCAACAUAUUCAAACAAAGCUACUUUAAUACUGCACACUACAACAACCCCCACUUUCAGCCUGAAGAGUACAAGCCGGACCAGGACGACGAGAUACCCACGAGUAAGAGCAACGGUCGGAAACGGAGUACCUAG